AUGUCUGACCAGACCGCGACCUCGACACCCCAGGCUGCGAACCCACAGAAGAAGACGGGCAAGAUGCACGUCAACGACGCACUCCACGUUGUCGUCCGACUCACUCAAUCUAAAGGACUGGAAGGGGCCUUCCGUGUGCAGGUGCUACCAGAGAGCUUGCAGCAGGCAGGCCUGACUACUGGUGAUUUGUGCGAAAUCUCCAAUGAAGAAGGCACGACUGGCUAUGGAAUUGCGUGGAGAGCUGACGACAAGAUCAAUCGACCGAAGAACAGACCUGCUAAGAUUACAGAGAUCUUUCAGAGCGCAUUUGGGUUCGAAGAAGGCUCGAAGGUCACCAUUUCUCGGACUACCUCACAGAUCCACCGAGCCGACCGAAUUGUGCUGUCAGACGUGUCCCCGCAGGAGUAUAUCAGCUCGAAUGAGGCUGACGAUGGACUGUGGCAGGCUCGUGUAAUUGGACUUUUCGCGGCUUGUGAGGGGAUCGCACCUGGCAUCACAUUCGAUGUUACGAAGCGAAAGUCCAAGAAGCGAUUCUUCGUUGAGAGUGUCGAGGCUGCGAACGCACCCAACGACUCCUUGUUUAGAUAUGAGGAUCAAACAACUCUCGUCUUCCGCGAUAGCGCUCUCGAUGGCAAUGCCAACGGCUUGGCUACUCAUGCGACAGAUGAGCCAACAAAUGGUGUCCGUGACCGUGGGAUUGCCAACUUUCCCAGUCUGAGGACGAUCGAUGUGCGCUCUCGUCUCAACAUGGAUCGCAUCGGUGGGUUACUCGAGCAAUGUCAGAAGCUCAACUCUCAACUACGCCGCGUAUUAAGCAACCACCAAGCCCUCACUAGAUACGCCUCAAGGUGUCCUAACCCAGCAGUCCUGCUGCACGGCUAUGGAGGCACUGGGAAGACAAUGUUACUGGAGAGACUUGCCGAGUGCGGCUUCAAGAAGGUCGUCCGUCUCAACCGAUCUGUCCUCAACGGUGGUAGCGUGGCGAAGAACCAAGCUGUCAUCGAGAAUAGCUUCCAGGAAGCGAUUGAUAGCCAGCCUUCCUUGAUCAUCAUUGACAAUCUCGAAAAGCUGGCUCCUGCCGAAGAUAUUGCCUACGCCACAGUCCUCGCCACCAACAUGCGUCGUGUUCAGGACAGCCGGGUCAUGAUCGCUGGUGCUACCAGGGCGCUAUCCAGCGUCGAGGCGUCUCUUUUCGACGAUGACUGCUUCUCAAGGCUUAUCGAACUACAUAUUCCUGAUCUCAGAGCGAGAGAACAAAUCCUGAACGUCCUACAGCACAAGCCAGCAUUUGCACAGGACUCAUUAUCUACGAGAAUCGCGGCACGGACACAUGGCUUCACAGGUCGUGACCUCGCUAGACUUCGCAAAACCGCUGCGAUCUACGCCGCUGAUCGUUUCGACGUGGAAGAGGAAGAAAUGGCCGUGGCACGCUCUCCAACACCGCCUGCAUACACCAAUGUGGUGUCUCCAAACGACAACAGCCCGCCGAACGCACGAAAUGGCGACGAGGGUGAUGUACUGCUCUGCGAUUUCGAGAUUGCGCUUCAAGAAGUGAAGCCGACUGCACUACGCGAGAUCUUUACCGAGAAGCCUAAGACAUCGUGGACCGACAUUGGAGGGUCUCGCAAGGUCAAAGAAAGCUUCGACAAGGUGAUUGGGUGGCCGCUGCAGCAAAAAGAGCUCCUCGCCAAGUUCCAGUAUCAACCUCCGAAGGGCGCGCUUCUGUAUGGUCCGCCAGGCUGUUCGAAAACACUCACUGCUCAAGCUGUUGCAAACAUGUACAACUUCAACUUUAUCGCUGUCAAGGGUGCAGAAUUGGUCAGCAUGUACGUCGGAGAAUCGGAGAGGGCUAUUCGAGAGGUCUUCCGUAAAGCUCGCACAGCAGCGCCGUGUGUCAUCUUCUUCGACGAAAUCGACGCGAUCGGCUCUGAUCGCGACAGCGGCACCCGGGGGCUGAACGUCCUCACCACCCUGCUCAACGAAAUGGACGGAUUCGAGUCACUGCGCGAUGUCUUCAUACUAGCAGCAACCAACAAGCCCGAGACACUUGAUCCCGCGUUGAUGCGACCAGGACGAUUUGACUCGCAUGUCUAUCUAGGACCACCGAACGAACUUGCUCGAAUGGAGAUACUGAACAUCGCGACGCGCAACGUAGCACUGGCCAGCGACAUAAGCUUCGACACCCUGGUCGCAGACACGGCUGGCUAUUCUGGUGCUGAGAUGGUCAGAAUCUGUCAAUCCGCGAAGGAGCCUGCGAUUGAGAGAGCAAUGCGCGGAGAGGAUGCUAGGGUCACUGCUGCUGACUUCGAAGGCGUACUGGCAGUGACGCGGCGGGGUAUCACACAGGAGAUGCUGGAUGCAUAUGAAGCGUUUUCGGCCAAGAAAGAUGCGUAG